AUGUCGUUGAAAGCCCGCAUCGAAGACGGCAUUGUACAUUCCCCCUAUCCCGGUGGCUCUGUACCAAAGAUAUUAGUUUGCCAGGCCAUAAAAGAGAGGCUGGUUCAACAUGGGGAACGGACUGCAUUAAUCUGCAAAGAAAAUAAAGUGACGAGUUCAGAGAUGCUGAAGAUGCUUCAUCAAUACGCCGCCGGUUUCCAAAGCCACGGUGUAAAGCCAGGUGACAAAGUGCUCGUACACGUGGACGAUUCGCUGGAAAGUUUCAUUGCCAUGUAUGGAGUCGUGUUUGCUGGAGGAGUCGUCAUACCAUCUGAGCUGGCAACUGAGCAAGACGAACUGCUGACAAAAAUAAAGGAUGGAAACGCGAGUCACGUGCUGACAACACCAAGCGAUGCCGACCUCCUGAAGAAGUUAACCGAAGAAACGCAUAUUCGGGAAUGCUUUGUUGUAGGUGAUAAGCCUGGAUUCAUUUCGGUGACAAAGUUUAAGAACGUACCGGAGAAAAGUUUUACUGGUCCUCCAGUGGUCGAUGUUGAAAAAGAACUGAUCGCUCUUUGUUUUACAUCCGGCACAACGGGCCGUCCAAAGGCCGUCGAAGAUACGCACUACAGUUGUGUCGCUGGGCUGCAACUAUACAGACUCAACAUGAUGUUUGACGAGACAGAAACCGUUGGAGCGCUGUUCCCUGUCGCACAGACGGUUGGAUUCCGAAUGCUCAUGAGAGUUGUCUGCUCCGGCGCCACCUGCGUCAUCAUUCCCGAAGGAACAAGCUUUGACGAGACGGUGGACGUCGUGUGGAGACACAAGGUGAAACAGUUCGUCUAUACUGUAUAUACAAAAACAAAACAAAAAACUGAAUAUUGUACUAACUGUUAA